UCUCUGAUUGACAGGUGUGAAAGCGGUUCGAUUUCUGCUGUAGUUGCUGCUGUUGUCAAGGAAACCCAGAGCCCUGUUGCCAUGGGGAAACAGAACAGCAAGUUGCGGCCCGAGAUGCUGCAGGACCUCCGGGAAAACACAGAGUUCUCCGACCACGAGUUACAGGAGUGGUACAAGGGUUUUUUGAAGGACUGCCCAAGUGGAACGCUCAAUGUGGAGGAGUUCAAGAAGAUCUAUGCCAACUUCUUCCCCUACGGUGAUGCCUCCAAGUUUGCUGAGCACGUCUUCCGAACUUUUGACACAAACGGCGAUGGGACGAUAGACUUCCGGGAGUUCAUCAUCGCCUUGAGUGUGACGUCACGGGGCAAGCUGGAGCAGAAGCUGAAAUGGGCGUUUAGUAUGUAUGACCUGGAUGGAAAUGGAUACAUCAGCCGUGAGGAGAUGCUGGAGAUCGUACAGGCCAUCUACAAGAUGGUGUCUUCGGUGAUGAAGAUGCCAGAGGAUGAGUCCACGCCGGAGAAGAGGACUGAUAAGAUUUUCAGACAAAUGGACCUGAAUAAUGAUGGUAAACUGUCUCUGGAGGAGUUCAUCAAAGGUGCCAAAAGUGACCCCUCCAUCGUUCGGCUACUGCAGUGUGACCCCAGCUCCGCCUCCCAGUUCUGAAUCCUGCUACAUGAGCCACGCCCCCUGCCCCGCCCUUACACCCCCCCCGCUUCUGAACCGGUCACUCACAUAAUGCAUGAUGGUUCUUGUCUCUCAGAUCUUACUUUUCUGUUGUGUACAAGAUGGAGGAAGAAUUCUAAGAAAAGUUAUUUGACUUUUUUUGUAAUUAUGAAAUUGAAGUGAGAUGAGAUGUGUACAAAUGACAGAAGAAAAAAUAUCUCUCUGUCUCAGAUUUACACGGGCACAGUAGGUUUUUUUGCGGGAUUCCACUGUUUUUUGUCUGCUUUCUCCUCCGACUCACAUGUAUAUCAUGUAUAUAAUGUAUGUAUAUCAUAAGAUAAACUACAUUUUUUUUUCUUCGUUGUAGAGCGCACACUGCAGUGCUGAAAGGCAGUAUUAUGUAGCGUUGUUUCCUGGUCUGAUGCCAUUGGGUGGCAGAAUGAGUGUGGGAUAAGUAGGCGUGGUUUUUCCUUUGCAAAAGACAGAAAUGUCUUCGGAG